AUGACUCGGGUGUGGGGCCUAGGCCUGCUGCUGGCACUGCUGCUGCCCCUGGUUGGCACCUCCAUGCCAGGCACCGUGGUCAGACUCAACAAGGCUGCGCUGAGCUAUGUGUCUGAAAUCGGGAAAGCUCCUCUCCAGCGGGCCCUACAGGUCACUCUCCCGUAUCUCCUGGACCAGAGUGGAGAGACUCUCCAGCCCACUAGGAUCCAGAUUAUGAAUGUCCAUGUGCCUCGUCUCCGCCUGAACUUUGUUGCUGAUUUUGGGGUGCACUUGUUGGCAGCAGCCAAUUUUAAUUUCAAGGUCUUUCGGGUUCCAGAGCCCCUGGAGCUGAUGCUGCCUGUGGUGCUGCUGGCUGACGCCCAUGUGGCCCAAGGGCCCAUCCAGACCCCUGUCGUCAGUAUUUCUGCUUGCUACUCACUCUUCGGCAAUGCCAGUGUGCCUGCUGGCAGCAACAGUACCUCCCCCGCGCUGCUGGUCCUCUUGCAGAAGCACAUUAAAGCCGUCCUGAGCAACAAGCUAUGCCUGAGCGUCUCCAACCUGGUGCAGGGCCUCAAUGUCCACUUGGGCACUUUAAUUGGCCUCAAACCUGUGGGCCCUGAGUCCCAGAUUCGCUACUCCUUGGUCAAUGUGCCCACCAUCACCAAUGACUACAUUUCCCUGGAUAUCAAUGCUGUGCUCUUCCUGCUGGGGAAGCCCAUCGUCCUGCCCGUGGAUACCACCCCCUUUGCGUUGCCACACCAUGCAGGCACCCAGGGCACUGUGGCAACCGUGGGCCUCUCCCAGGACCUGUUUGACUCUGCCCUCCUGCUGCUGCAGAAGGCUGGGGCCCUCAAUUUGGACAUCACAGGGCAGCUGAACUCAGAUGACAACCUGCUGAACACCUCUGCAUUGGGCCGGCUCAUUCCCGAGGUGGCCCGCCAGUUCCCUAAGCCCAUGCCUGUGGUGCUCAAGGUGCGGCUGGGUGCCACGCCCGUAGCCACACUCCAUACCAAAAAUGCCACACUACAGCUGCAACCUUUCAUAGAGGUCCUGGCUGUGGCCUCUAACUCAGCCUUCCAGUCUCUCUUCUCCCUGGAUGUGGUAGUGAACCUGAGCCUCCAGCUGUCUGUGUACAAGGUGAAGCUUCAGGGGACCGCAUCUGUGUUGGGGGAUGUCCAGGUCACCGUGGCCUCCUCCAAUGUGGGCACCAUUGAUAUGGAUCAAGUGCACACCCUCAUAGGCACUGUGUUUGAGAAGCCCCUGCUAGACCACCUCAAUGCUCUCCUGGGCAUUGGGAUUGCCCUCCCCAAUGUGGUCAACCUCCACUACACCUCCGCCAAGGUCUUCGUCUAUGAGGGCUAUGCUGUGGUAUCCAGUGGACUCUCCUACCAGCACUGA